AUGAAUUCUAUAAAAUCUGAAAUACUUUUUGCAGGAUUCAAUUAAGAUUCAAGUAAAAAAUACAAAAAUCAUAUAGGUAUGUUUUGUAUUGGAACUGAUACAGGAUUUAGAGUUUGUAAUGCAUUAAAUUCAACUGAGAAAUUUUAAAGAGAUUUGAAAGGAGGUAUUGGUCAUGUAGAAAUGUUAUACAGAAGCAAUAUUUUGGCAUUAGUUGGAGGUGGUUUAUAACCUAAAUAUCCUGAUAAUAAAGUGAUCAUAUGGGAUGAUCGUAACAAUGCUAUAUUUCUAUUUAGAUCUUGUUAAAUGUAUUGGCGAAAUGAGUUUUAGAACUAAGAUAAAAAAUGUUAAAUUAAAAAAUGAUAGAGUUGUUGUUGUUCUUGAGAAAAAGAUAUUUGUUUAUAAUUUUACAGAUUUGAAACUACUUGAUUAAAUCGAAACAUGUCCUAAUCCAAGAGGUAUUUUACUCAAAUUACAAUAAGGAAUUUGCACUAUUAAUACAGAGGGAGAUCAUACAAUAUUGGCUACAUUAGAAAAAUCAGUAGGGAAGGUUUUUGUAAACAAUUAUGAUGCUAACAAAGCUUAUUGUAUAGAAGCACAUGUUUCUCCAAUUUCAUAUCUUUAAUUGAAUUCAACAGGGACAAAAUUGGCUACAUCUAGUGAAAAAGGCACUGUAAUUCGUAUAUAUGAUACAAAUACUGGGUAUGUUGAAUAUAUUAAAAAAUAGAUAAAUUUCAUAAGAACUUCGUAGAGGUAAUGAUUAUGCCACAAUAACAUGUUUAGCCUUUGAUUUUAGAUCAUAAUGGUUAGGUUGUGCUUCUGAUUAAGGAACUAUACACAUUUUUGCAGUCAAUUAAGAUGGCUUAUAAUAAGAAUUAUAAAAUUAAAAUUAAGUUUCUUAAAAUCCAAAGAGUAAAUUUGAAUUUUUAAAGGGAUUCAUACCAAUAUUGGGAUCUGAAUGGAGUUUUGCUCAAUUUAGAGUUCUUGAUACAAAAUGCAAAGUGUCAUUUAUACCAGAUGAAUAUCAAUUGAUAGUAAUUUCAUAUGAAGGGAAGUAUUACAAGGCAUAGUUUGAUCCUUAAAAAGGAGGAGAAUGCAUUAAAGUGGAAGAGAAAUACUUGAUUAGUGAAAAAGUUUGA